UCAUCUGUAAGAACUGGAUACGUGUCAUUUUCCUGUGUCAGUGACUCAAAGGCACUCUGGUUUUUCCUGGAAAGUUGUUGCAGGAAGAGAGACAGACGGUAAACAGAGGCGUGUGGAGCAAGGAAACUUGCUGAAGGUUUCAUCCAGCCCGCGAAUCAAAUCGCUUGCGAGGUGAAGGCGCAAACCAUUACGCUACAGGACGAUAAGCACUGAGCUGUGAACCUGUCGCUGUGUAGCCUCGAACAGAAACAGGCUGAAGCUGCUGGUGACGAUCUCCCCGCCUGCCGUCAGCCAUGGCCGACACCAUAUUUGGGAGCGGAGCAGACCAGUGGGUGUGCCCGAACGACAGGCAACUCGCCCUCCGAGCCAAGCUGCAGACGGGCUGGUCGGUGCACAGUAACGAGACGGACAGACAGAGACGGAAACAGAUGCUGAGCAAGACCGAGGUCGAGGUCAUUGUAGACGUCAUCAAACGGGCCGAGCAGCUGGACCUGGUGGAGCAGAAACGCGUGGGUCGGCUGGUGGAGCGUUUGGAGAACAUGAGGAAGAACGUGAUGGGGAACGGGCUGUCUCAGUGCCUGCUGUGCGGAGAGGUGCUGGGCUUCCUCGGCUCCUCGGCUGUUUUCUGUCAGGACUGCAGCAAGAAAGUCUGCACAAAGUGUGGGAUUGAAACUAUGGGGCACCAGCGGAGACCUCUAUGGCUCUGUAAGAUAUGCAGCGAGAGACGAGAGGUGUGGAAACGCUCUGGGGCCUGGUUCUAUAAGGUUUUGCCCAAGUACAUUCUGCCUCUGAAGAGCAGCACGAGAGUCAGCGAGCUCCUCCCUCGCCCCAUCCUGUCGGACAUCGACCACGGCAAGAGCAUCGUGGUCAGCCGCUCCUACAACUGGGCCAAAGGCCGAGUUGUGUCCAGCGAAAGCGAGAGCGAGUCUGAGGGCAGCCACUCCAGUCAGGACGAACAGACCUCAGCCGGCGGGCUCGGGGUGAAGAGCAACAAGACCGGACUACAAGGAGGGGAGACGGUUUCGGGGAGCGAGACCCCCGCCACGCCAGCCAGGGGGCCUCGGCUCGAAGACACAGACCUGGUCAGGAGCUCAGCAGGUUAUCAUUGAGGUGGGCCAGAAUGCGGAGGCCUCCCAACCUCUCGUCCCACCACGGAUUUGCUCUCUCCCCCCCACUCCCCCCCC